AAAAUACAACUUACACCUACUCUGACAAGCCAGCAACAAAUCUCAUAGUCUUCUCCUACCUCUCCAUUGGCCAUUUGAGAAGCAGAGGUAAUUUUACGCCUCCUUAGGUGCACCCAGGCCUGUGGUUUAUCGCGUGACCGUGUGGUGCUCCUGACCCAAAGCCCAUCAAACACACUCUUAGCAUCAUCUUAUUGCCCUUACUUGGGUCACAAGCUUACAUUACCAAGCCUGCCAACUUACACCUACUUGAACAACUUACACCUACUUGAACAUAAGAGUCAAAGAACAUAUAAAACGUAUAGAAGUGGCAAAUGAUAAAAAAAUAUAGAAAGAUCACAUCAAAAAAUGUACUGAUCAAAGGGGAAUUUUCUACUUAGGGAGACCCGUUAGGUCUAUCUGAUGUUGACCAAGACCAGAGAGGGUUAGUUUAGUACUUCCGUUAUUUCUAAAAAUGAAGCUAUUCAUUUAAAUUAGGAGGAGGAGAAGAUGAGGCAGACAACCAAACAGCAGAAACAAAUUUAAGCAGGAUGUAAUACAAUCAAAGUUUGAGGUAUGGAAGAAAGAGGUAGAGAAACAAAGAAAGGGUAAUAAAUGGAGGAGACAUCUUCAAGGAAAGAGAUGUCAAAGCCAGGAGCUCCUGCUGCCAUACUCAACUAUGCUUCAUUUCUUCAGGUGGGUAUUAAGGCUAUUCUCAAGUGUUUGGGCAUUAAACAAACAAAAUGCAACAAAACCCUUGCACAGAUGGCAAAGUUAAUGACACAGCUGCAGCUUGUUGCCUGGAAUCUUCAACUAAUGAACAUGCUGCAAAUCCUCCAACAAACAACAGACACAGAUCCCCCAACAGACCCUCAAGCUGAUCCUCCUUUCCCUCAGACCACAGUAUGCUUCCUUUCUCCCUUUUUAAUUAUAUAUUAUGGCCAAGCAUGUUAGUCCUUCGGUAUGAUGUGGAUGAGCUAUUAGAGAAAAAGAUUCAUUAUUGGAAACUUCAAAGAAAUGAAGAACGGUAUGGAAAAUUAAGAUGGCCAUUUCUUUCACUACGUGACUAAGAUUCAAGCCUAGUUCCCCUAGGCGUAUUUGCUAGCCUUGAAUAUGGUUGUUCUGUUUUACAGCGGUCAUAGCAAAGCUAACUGUUGAUUACUUAUGAAAUGAAGACCUUAACCAGUCAACUAGUCACAGGUAAGUAGAAAGGUCAAGCUUCAUGCUAUUCUCACAUUUAAGGUUCUGUAUAUUGAGAAUGUUUCUUCAUGCUAGGUAAGUUUUACAAGAAAAAGUGUAAAUAAGGAUAUUAACUUUAC